GUAAAUCAAUAGAUUAGUCUCACUACUCGCACUACUCGCAGAACUCUAAUAGAAAGCCGACGCUGGUUGUCCCAUGCUGCAAUUUAGCACGUUUGCCCCAUCCCACAAUUUAUUUCGCGGGGUUUUAGUCGGUGUUUAUUCAUUGUUGACCGUCUGAGUGCAGCCUCAUUGUAGAUUCCUCCUCUCAUUAGGAAGGUGUCUCUCGCAGUUCUCGGCGAUUCAGCGCACCAUGCAGCCGGUGCCGUGCGGUAAAUAACUGCCAGAGGUUGUCUGCUGUAGGUAGGUGGAGCGAUCAUUGCUUGGUAUGUUAAGGGAUUGCCGGCGGGUUCAUGUCGGCGAAAGCUGGGCGCUAUAGCACUGAGUAAGUGCCAUAGCUAUGCAUGGCCACAGAAUAGAGGACCGGCCGAUCACUACCAAUAUAUGGUAUUCCAUGUCUCAAUCAGCCGUGGAAGAGACUAUAAAGCUACCAUAACCCUGGGUGUUUUGUCAAGAUAACCAUCUGCUUUGUGCUCAUCAGUCUUCAAUUGCUUCCCAGUAUCCUUAUCCUUAUACCCCAUUCUCAAAAUGAAGUACUCUCUCGCAGCUAUUACCGUGGCGGCAUCAGUUGCCUCUGCCUACAACCUCCCAAACAACCUUUCUCAGAUCUACAACAAGCACAAGAGCGGAGCAUGUAGCAAUAAGCUCGCCAGCGGCUUCACAGAUGGCAGCGGUCCCAAAACAUUCGGGUACUGCGGCGACAUUAAGGGGGCCGUUUUCAUCCACAGCAGUGGCAAUGGCGGCCAGUACGCCAACAUGGAUAUCGACUGCGACGGAGCCAACAGGACCGGUGGCAAGUGCGCCAAUGACCCUACCGGACAAGGCACGACGGCGUUCCAAAGCGAGGUUCAGGCAUUGAAGGUUGGCAUCGACGACCUGGACUCUAAUCUCCACCCAUACGUCGUCUUUGGCAACGAGGGGAGAAAGCCAGCGUUCGACCCCCGAAAGUAUGGCAUGGAGCCUCUUAGUGUCAUGGCUGUUGUGUGCAACAACCAAGUCUUCUAUGGUGUCUGGGGUGAUACCAACGGCGAGACCUCAGUCGGAGAGGCCUCCAUUUCCCUGGCUGAUAUGUGCUUCCCGAAAGAGCACCUCGAUGGAAACAGUGGCCAUGACCAGAAGGACGUUCUUUACAUCGGUUUCCCUGGCAAGGCUGCCGUGCCGAGCUCCUCGACCAAGUGGAACGCCCGCAACGCGAAGGAGUUCGAAGACAGCAUCAAGGCUGUUGGAGACAAGCUUGUUGCGGGUCUCAAGGCUUAGAGAGGAGUGCCUGCAUGAUGUCAGUUUGGAAACAGUAAAUGAACUGUUGGGGGGGGUUAUCAUCAUGUUGUAUAUUGUUAAGCCAUAUACAUGUAGAUGGACGCAACCAUAUAGUAAUCAGCAUAGCAUGACUGCGGAUAGUCGUAACCAUAUAAUCAGCAUUACUAUAAAU